GUCACUACGGGAAGCUGCAGAGCUCAUUCACUGACAGCACGCUCUUUCCCAGAAGCCUUUCCUCAUAUUGUACACAAUCAUCAUGGCGGCGCAGGAUGGAAGUGAGGUAGAAGGAAUGGAGGCUGAGGUCACGCAGAAGGUACCAGAAGUGUUGUGUGAAGCUGCGGGACAUGGAGAUGUAGCAGGGACUGAACAAGCAUCUCUUACCGAUGGUGAAAGCACAUCAACUCUGACCACGGCUGUGAGCAAUGGAGAGGAAAGUGAUGAGGGGAAAGAGAUGGUGGAAGUGAAAAUCAUUUGGAACAAAAACAAAUAUGAUCUUAAAAUUCCUUUAGACGGCACCGGUGCUAAGCUGAAAGAGAAGAUUCACACACUCACUGGUCUUCCACCUGCUAUGCAGAAAGUGAUGUACAAAGGACUGCUACCAGAGGACAAGACGCUUAGAGAAAUCAAAGUUACAAAUGGUGCAAAGAUUAUGGUGGUUGGAUCUACAAUAAAUGAUGUACUAGCUGUAAAUACACCGAAAGAAGUUAUUCAGCAAGAGGUUAAAGCUGAGGAGAACAAAAAGGAGCCAUUGUGCAGGCAAAAGCAACAUAGAAAAGUUUUGGACAAAGGAAAACCAGAUGAUGUUAUGCCAUCAGUAAAAGGAACUAAGGAGCGUCUGCCAACAGUGCCUUUAUCGGGAAUGUACAACAAAUCUGGCGGAAAAGUACGACUCACUUUCAAACUGGAACAGGAUCAGUUGUGGAUCGGAACAAAGGAAAGAACAGAAAAAAUCCCGAUGGGUUCCAUCAAAAAUGUUGUGACUGAGCCAAUAGAGGGUCACGAGGACUAUCACAUGAUGGCAUUUCAGCUGGGUCCAACAGAAGCCUCACAAUAUUGGGUCUACUGGGUGCCUGCACAGUUUGUUGAUGCAAUCAAAGACACAGUUCUCGGGAAAUGGCAGUAUUUUUAACGUGCCUCUAUUAGACACUGAAGAAUUGGGAUUCAGAGCAAAAGAUUGAAAACAAGAUUAACUGGAGCCAACACAAUAAUCUGAAGAACUGAUUUUUCUGAAGUAUAUCCAGAGCAAACCGAAGGAUUGCUGUUGGACAAUAUUUUGGGGGUUUUAAGUGCACUAAGUGUCAGCAUCCCGUUUUUCAAAACUGUUUCAUCAUUCUUUUUUUUUUUUUUUUUAGAGCAAUCUCAAGCAUAAACAGAAAAUUGUACAGAACUUGCAUAUACAUUUCUCGUAGUUAUUCUGAAAGAAAUAAAAAUUAUUUAAGGAAAAUGAUCAAUGCAGUAGAAAGAUUUUAUCUAGCGUAUUCCUCGGUUUACCGUACAACUCGAGCAAACUUGCCAAAGUCGACGUUUCGCAAAGUUGUUGAUUUUACAAUCAGCUUUUGUCAUUGCACAGAUUAUAGUUUACAUGUAAAACAGCAAUGGUAUAAUGCUCAAAUAUGGAUUUAAUCCAGGUUAAAAGAACAUUGUUGUAUUUCAAGUGGUUCAAAAAAUUAUUCAUUUUCCUCAAAACUUGUUAAGCUCGAGGCUUGUUGCAGAAUUUCUUUAACCCUAAAGCCAAGAGUACAUAUGCUCUGCCUCUGUGCUUUCGACACAUUGAUCCUUUGAAGAAUGCAAUAUCUUUUUAAUAUAUCAAAUCAGAUGUAACAUUAGGGAGAACAGUGUUGCAAUGCCCUUAAUACACAAUCGUACAACUAAGUUGCCUAAUGAGUGACUAUUUUGAUCAUGCAUGUUGUUUUUUUUUUCAAACGGUGCUAACCAAAUUUUUAUUUCAAUAAAGCCCAAAGGAAGGAAUAAUUUCAGUGAA